CGUGUUGACCGGCUACCGGCCAGCCAGUAGCGGCUCAGGCUGCCUGCGCAGCCUCUUCUACCUGCACAACGAGCUGGGCAACAUCUACACGCACGACUGUGGACUCCCUGAGGACAUUACCUGUCCUCUCUGCUGAAGCUGUGUGAUGGAUAACUGUUUCCCUCCCCCAGGGCUGGCCCUGCUGGGCUUCCUGGUGCUGCUGCCAAUGACCAUGCCCUGGGGUCAGCUGGGCAAGGAUGGCUGGCUGGGGGGCACACACUGUGUGGCCUGCCUGGCACCACCUGCAGGCUCUGUGCUCUAUCAUCUCUUCAUGUGCCAUCAAGGGGGCAGCCCUGUGUACACGCGGCUCCUUGCCCUGGAUAUGUGUGGGGUCUGCCUCGUCAACACCCUCGGGGCCCUGCCUAUCAUCCACUGCACCCUGGCCUGCAGGCCCUGGCUGCGCCCAGCUGCCCUGGUGGGCUACACCAUGCUGUCAGGUGUGGCUGGCUGGAGGGCCCUCACCGCUCCCUCCACCAGUGCCCGUCUUCGAGCUUUUGGUUGGCAGGCUGGUGCCCGCCUCCUGGUGUUCGGGGCCCGGGGAGUGGGACUGGGCUCUGGAGCUCCAGGCUCCCUGCCCUGUUACCUACGCAUGGACGCCCUAGCACUGCUUGGGGGGCUAGUGAACGUGGCCCGUCUGCCAGAGCGCUGGGGACCUGGCCGCUUCGACUACUGGGGCAAUUCACACCAGAUCAUGCACCUGCUCAGUGUGGGCUCCAUCCUGCAGCUGCACGCUGGCGUCGUGCCUGACCUGCUCUGGGCCGCCCACCACGCCUGUCCCCCAGACUGAGCCAUGGCCCACACACAAUGCCAGCCUGUCCAGUCUUCUAGGGCCAACACCACCAGGCUUCCCUCCUGCUGCUGGUCUGCAAGGGACCGGCUCCUUGGAUGCCUCCCAGCUGUUCACCCACUCUUCCCUGUGGACGAGCCUCUACUCCACCCACACCUCGGAGCUCCCGCUUCCUUCCCCGCCUCCUUCCAGGGCAGUGUCUUCCUGUGCAGCUAGAAGGAAACCGGUCCUUCCAAGGGCCUGUUUACCCUCCAUGACCUGUGAGGGUUGGACCAGAGGGAUGUUGGGGUCCGUCUAGCUCUGAUGGCUGGAGUCCUGCCAGCCCAGAGCCAUAGCCCCACCCAGACCCUCAUAAGGUACCUCAUGGGUGGCUGGCCCGGCCACCAAUCCACGAUUCCUCCAUCUUUUGGCCCUGCAUGCCAGCCCAUCCAGCAACCUAAGGCUCACCCACCCCUUCUUCCUCUGUCCAGAAUGGAGUGAGGGGUUUGGACAGCAGGACUAUUCAUUGAUCCCAGGACCAAGGGGCAGGAAGACUGCUGCUGCUUUUCCCAGGCAACUGGCACAGAUGUGAAGAGCUGAGUGGCCCUGGCCCACUGGGCUAAGGGCCCACCCUCCACCUUGAGUGCCAUGUUCUGAAGGCUCAACCUGCCCACCGGGGACACGCCUGCUCAGGAAAUCUCUGGUCCACCCAGCAUGGGGCUCCCAGCUGCAAUGUGCUGGCCUGGGGCUCUGCAGCCAGCCUCAGCCUCAGCCUGUCCCAGGGCCCUCAGACCCUGGGCGAUGUCAAUAAAAUGGGCAGGAAGUGCUGUGUUGCCAUGCAA